AUGCCUACCAUGAGCAACAAGGGGGUUCCACUGAAAGGUUUGUUGCUGGUGGUCCUUCUGGUGUCCAACAUGCUCCUGACAAAGGAAGGAGUGACCUCCUUGCCAAUCUGCCCCAAUGGAUCUGUCAAUUGCCAAGUUUCCCUUGGGGAACUUUUUGACCGAGCAGUUAAACUUUCACACUACAUCCACUUCCUCUCUUCAGAAAUGUUCAAUGAAUUUGAUGAACGCUAUGCUCAGGGCCGGGGUUUUAUUACAAAAGCUGUUAAUGGCUGCCACACUUCCUCCUUAACCACUCCUGAAGAUAAGGAGCAAGCUCAGCAGAUUCACCAUGAAGACCUACUGAAUUUAGUACUGGGAGUGCUGCGCUCCUGGAAUGAUCCCCUGAUCCAUCUGGCCUCUGAAGUACAAAGAAUCAAAGAAGCUCCAGACACCAUCCUCUGGAAGGCUGUAGAGAUUGAAGAACAAAACAAGCGGCUUCUAGAAGGAAUGGAGAAAAUAGUUGGGCGGGUUCAUUCUGGUGAGAUCGGAAAUGAAGUUUACUCUCAGUGGGAAGGCCUUCCAUCCCUGCAACUCACUGAUGAGGACUCCAGACUCUUUGCCUUUUACAACCUGCUGCAUUGCCUCCGCAGAGAUUCCCACAAAAUUGACAACUAUCUCAAGCUUCUGAAGUGCCGCCUAAUCCACGAUAGCAAUUGUUAA